AUGAACGACUACGCAGCGUGGCGCGCGCGGGCGCUGCGUGGCCCGUCACGUCUUUCACUCCCUCGCGGCGACGCCGCGGAGUUGACGGGAUCAGUGCCGCCUCCACCCCCCGCACCAGAACCGCUGACGUCUUCUUUUCCAACACUCUCGCCUCCAUCCCGCUCUCUGUCGGCGAGCGCGGCGCCUCCCGCAUCCGCCGGCCACAUCGACUGCACCGACAUCGCAGCGCGGCUCUCGGAGGUCAUUCAAGACAUCGCAGCCACCGAGCGCGGACAGGAGAGGGCAUGGCUGAAUGUUCAGCCCUGUGUCCUGCACACUCUGAAACUACUCAGUACCGCGGCGCAGUCUUUUGAGGUCAGACUGCGUCAGCUGGAGAGUGCGGCGCAGCAAACGCAGGAGUGUAUGACCGUGUUGGUGCGCGAUCGAGAGGUGAAGGAAGAGCGAUAUCGACUCGACGUGGCGGCCCACAAGGCAGAGACGCAGCAGCUGUGGAAGCGCGUGCUUUUGUUAGAGGCGCAACAGCAGCCCCAGCAGCAGCAGCAGACGCGUUGUUCUCCCUCUGCUCCGCAGGCAUCCUCGUCAAUGAUCGACAGCCGCGUUGACUCUCUACAACAGGAGCUACAAGGUGUUCAGCGGCAGUUGCAAGCACUGCAGCUGUUACCACAUCCGACCGCCAAACGGCGAACGAAUCGGGUCAGUCCAGCACGUGCAUCUUCCUCUGUCUCCGCGUCAUCCGCAGCUCCUUCAACCAUGCGUGGAGACGCUGACGGCGAUGUGCGCGCUGCGUCAUCCUCGUCUCCUCCGACUGGCGAUGCAGCGAGAUCGCCUUCACCUUCACCUGUCACCCAACGCAUGCUGGAAGAGGUGCAUCGGCUGCGUCAACAGUGGCAGCACUUUUUGCGGACAGUGCCGCCAGCUUUGGCGCGAAGCGAAGAGGACAAUGAAGACGUCGCGGAUAGCGGACGGCCUCGUCCGAGCUACCCCGACCAAAGAGUUUCUACGCAUCGCCGCAAGGAAUACCCCCGCGCUGCAGCGAUGCGCGACGAAGAUGUCGGACCCCCGUUCGAGCAACGUGAGCAUCCAAAUAGAGUGGAGGCUCUAAGUGACAUAGCAGAGUACACGCAUCGAGAGCGUGAAGGGCACCAUGAACGAGCGAAACACUCUCACCUGCUGGCGUCCGAUGCUGACGGAGGAGAGAUGGCGUUGUGUGGUACUCUUCUCCCCUCAUCUGGCCGCCGUGUGCGGUGGUACUGGACCGGCGAUUCACGCCGUCACCGCUUCUCCUCCAUGAACGUGUCCCCCUCUUCUUCUUCGUCAUCAGCACAGCGUAUCCACAACGGCAUGCGAAACAGCGCGAGCACCGCGUUGCCCUGGACAGAGUGGCAUGCCUUCGAUGGCCGCACCGACUGCUGGUACAGCCUUGGCACCUGGGCAACGCAUCGACAACAGAUGGAGGAGCUGCGGAUGGACGCUGCGGUAGAGCUUAGUGAGGGUCAGCAGCCUCAAGGUAACUUGCGAUUUGGCUGGAUGGCGCGUACGUCGGAGCUGGUUGCGUGGCCACACCCGUCUUGUUUACAAGUGCAGUGCGGCGGUAUUUAUGAAGUGAGGAUGUGCCUGGUGCACUACUGCACCUCUUGCCAGAGCAGCGCACACGACGCGGAACGACUGGACGCGCGAGAACGUGUGCUUUCACUAUGGGUCGACGGUGUGGCCGUCAGUGGGCUGCGGGAGAACGUCAACCACACUCUCUUGUACGCGCCGUCGCCGGCGGCCACUUCUCCCGCACGUCGUCAACGAAGCCCGCCUUUGCCUCUUCAUCCCCCGCCGCGUUCACGCAGCACGAGCGCGCCGAGGGCACAGCAGCCGUUCCGAUCCUUUUCGCCAUACCCCCGUGACGGCUCCCUCCCACAACACACGCACAUGGAGGAGGCGUACCGUGCUCUUCAGCGACGGCCGUGCUGUGCGCCGGCACAGAUGCACACACACACCAUUACAGCUUGUCUCUACCUGACUGCCGGGGUGACGCUGCAGGUGCGGUGCGGCGAGCUGCACCACUCAAAAGCCAUAUGCGAGGCCUUCUGCGAGCUUACAUACCUGGUCUAG